AUGGAUGCUAGAAAACCAGCAAAAAAAAAGCAACAAAGCUCAUGGCAUCUGAAAACACAUUCCUGGGGAAAUUAUGUGUGCUGUGCAUCUGAAUAUGCGAAUGAUGGAAAUCCAGCAACCUACUCACAUACCAACCAUGACAAUUUACCAUACUGGUGGGUAGAUCUAGGAAAAGUGUAUGAUAUAAAGUGGAUUGAAAUUAUAAACAGACCAGAUCUUGCUGGGCAACGUCUACGUAACGCGGAUAUCACAGUUGGGUCAACUUUGAAAGAAAUGUCCUUAUGUGCAUACUAUAAAGGGCCAGCAAAGCUCGGGGAGCAUCUUUUUUCCCAAUGUAACCAGCAAAUGAGUGGCCGCUAUGUCAAAGUGACCAUCAGAGCCAAGGACUUCCUUCAUUUGUCAGAAGUAAUGGUGUUUGCAACAGAGUAAUUUUUCAAUAAAUUAAACUCUAAAUU